GCUUCCACAAGGCGACGGAGGUUCUCCGGCUUCUUUUCCUCCCUUUUUCUGCUUCAGCGUCACCGAAUCCGGCCACCAUGUCGGACCCAGAAGCUGACAGCUUGCGAAGCACCUUUCCCUCUUAUAUGGCGGAGGGCGAACGGCUGUAUCUGUGCGGAGAGUUCUCUAAAGCCGCCCAUAGCUUCAGCAACGCUCUUCACCUUCAAAAUGGAGACAAGAAUGGCCUGGUUGCCCGAUCCAAGUGCUUCCUGAAGAUGGGAGAGCUGGAGAAGUCCCUGAAGGAUGCUGAGGCUUCACUCCAGGGUGACCCGACUUUCUGUAAGGGAAUUUUACAAAAGGCUGAGACCCUGUACACCAUGGGAGACUUUGAGUUUGCCUUGGUGUUCUAUCAUCGAGGCUACAAGCUGCGGCCUGACCGAGAAUUCAAAGUUGGAAUUCAGAAAGCCCAGGAAGCCAUCAACAACUCAGUAGGAAGUCCUUCUUCAGUUAAGCUAGAGAACAAAGGGGAUCUAUCCUUCUUAAGCAAGCAAGCUGAGAGUAUGAAAGCCCAGCAGAAGCCUCAUCCCAUGAGACAACUCGUACAUCACCCCGAGAGGGAGUCCAAGCGGAAGGGCUCACUCAAGAGUGAGAAGAUUGUCCGCCAGCUCCUGGGCGAGCUCUACGUGGACAAGGAGUUUCUGGAGAAGCUCCUACUGGAUGAAGAUCUGAUCAAGGGCACCAUCAAGCAUGGCCUGACCGUGGAGGACCUCAUCAUGACAGGCAUCAACUACCUGGACACCCGCAGUAACUUCUGGAGGCAGCAGAAGCCCAUCUACGCCAGGGAGCGGGACCGGAAGCUGAUGCAAGAGAAGUGGCUGCGGGACCGCAAACGCCGUCCCUCACAGACAGCCCAUUACAUCCUCAAGAGCCUCGAGGACAUAGACAUGUUGCUGACCAGCGGCAGUGCUGAUGGGAGCCUUCAGAAAGCGGAGAAAGUGCUGAAGAAAGUGCUCGAAUGGAACAAAGAGGAGGUGCCCAACAAGGACGAGCUGGUUGGGAACUUGUACAGCUGCAUUGGGAAUGCCCAAAUCGAGCUGGGGCAGAUGGUCGCAGCCCUGCAGAGCCACAGAAAGGAUUUGGAGAUCGCCAAGCAAUAUGACCUUCCUGAUGCUAAGUCGAGAGCCCUUGACAACAUUGGCAGGGUUUUUGCCAGAGUUGGGAAAUUCCAGCAAGCCAUUGACACGUGGGAGGAGAAGAUCCCUCUGGCAAAAACCACCCUGGAGAAGACCUGGCUGUUCCACGAGAUUGGCCGCUGCUACUUGGAGCUGGACCAGCCCUGGCAGGCCCAGCAUUAUGGUGAGAAGUCCCAGCAGUGUGCCGAGGAAGAAGGAGACAUUGAGUGGCAGCUGAAUGCCAGCGUUCUGGUGGCACAGGCACAAGUCAAGCUGAGAGACUUCGAGUCGGCCGUGAGCAACUUUGAGAAAGCCCUGGAGAGAGCGAAGCUGGUCCACAACAACGAGGCGCAGCAGGCCAUCAUCAGCGCCUUAGACGAUGCCAACAAGGGCAUCAUCGAAGAGCUGAAGAAAACGGACUACAGGGAGACACUGAGAGAAAGGAGAGAAAGAGAAGAGGCAGCUGAAUUGGAAUCUUUGAGAGAGGCGGCUUUGGGGAACGAGAAGGAAAGCAUGAGAAGAGGGAGAGAUGAGUUUGAGAAGGUGAUGAAGCACUGGGAGCGAGAGCCAGCUGACAGUGAGAAAGAGAUAGAAGAUGAGUUGUCUCAGGAAAUUCUGAGGGUCGCAGCGAGUGGACAAGAAGAAAACAGGCAGAGAGAAGUAGAGGAAGCCAGCUCCUUCAAGAGGAUAGGGCUGGGAGCCGCAGGGCGAGACUCAGAAGAUGUUGCCAAGAGCACGUCCAGAGACCUGGGUGCAGGAAGCGAGGGAGAGGAGGACAGGAAACCGAUAGAAGUGGGCAGAAUGGAAUCAAGAGAAAUUUACAGGAGGCCUCCAGAGCUGGACCAGAAACCCUCAGGAGAAUUAAACAGAAGGGAAUCAGAAGGACUGGAGAGUCAAGUUUCAGAAGACAGCAGAAGAGAGUCAGAAGAAAUAGGGCAAACAGAACUGGGAGAAACAGCAGAAGUGACAAAGGCAGAAAAUGGUGAAGACAUGGAAGAACAUGAAAAAGAUGAAUGAAGCAGCAGGCAUCAGGACCAGGGACCUUAGGCACUUAUUCAACUGGACUUGGAUUUUCAAGCUGAGAUCUGUCUCAUAGGAGAACAUGUGGACUGGGCUCCACAGGUCGCCUCUGCCUCUUUCUGCUACUGUUUUCCCUUUCAAUAGAUAUCUUUCACUCUUA